GAAGUUUGGGCUGAACGAGUUUGGGUUGGGCCCAUACGCAGCAAAGAGGUCUGAUUAAGUCACACUGGCGAGCGAGGGAAAUCUCUUUACGAUAAUUUUUCCGUUCCGUCGUUCUCUGCCCUCACCGUCGACGCCGGUGCCGAUUUUUCUCCGUCUUGAAGGUGUGUGUGCGCCAUUGUUUCAAUACAAUGACUAAGAGACCAAAGAAAUCAGAAUCAAAUAGGAGACCAAAAAGAAGAAAGCCAUCAGGUGUUUUUUCACCGUUGGAUGUAUCUUCUAGCGUUGUUUUCCGUUUGCUAUGCCCUGCUAGUAAAAUUGGGGGUGUAAUUGGUAAAGGUGGUUCUAUUAUAUCACAAAUUCGCCAUGAAACCGGUGUGAAAGUUAAAAUUGAAGAGCCUGUUCCGGGUUGCGAAGAAAGGGUUAUAACUUUUUUAAAGGAGAGUGAAGAAGGUAGUGCUGAGCAAGGAAAGGAGGUUAAUGAUAAUGAUGAGAGUGAAAGCAAGGUGAAGGAUGAUGAGGAGAAAGGGAAUGGCGAUGAUAAUGAAGAUAAAGAUUCUGUUUCUGUUGAAGAUUCGCAGAGCGAGAAGGUGAAUUCAAAUCCAACUAUUAUGAGGGCUGUAAUGUUAGUUUUUGAGAGGGUGGCUGAGGAUGAAGGUGGUGAUGAAAGUAAAAAAGGUUACUUUGGUUUACGGCUACUUAUCCUUUCUAAUCAAGUUGGAUGCAUUUUGGGAAAAGGUGGCAGUGUGAUAAAGAGAAUGUCAGCUGAAAGUGGGGCGCAGAUUCGAAUCCUUCCUAAAGAAGAAAUUCCCGCGUGUGCGUCGGAUUCUGACGAGUUAGUUCAGAUCACAGGAGGAGUAGAAGUUGUCAGGAGAGCUCUGCAAUCUGUUUUUCAGCAGCUUGUGGAGAAUUCACCUCGGGAUCAUGAAUCUCUGCCUACCAAUCUUACCGGGCCGUCAUCUCAUUCAUAUGGUCAAUUCCCACCAAAUAAACGCACUUUCGCUGGUCAAGGAGCAUCUUUUGCUACUGGGCCUAAUGAAAUUCCUGUUUUCCAUUCUGCUCCUAUGAUUCCCAAAUUUCAUGAAGGUGCCAUCCUUGGUCGCAUGAGGCCUCCACCGGAAAUACUUACUUUCCGUUUACUGUGUCCUUCCGAAAGUGUAGGAAAUUUAAUUGGCAAGGGUGGAUCAAUCAUAAAGAUGCUGCAACAAGAGACAGCCAGUGAAAUCAAGGUCAUAGAAGCCAUUCCGGGUUCAGAGGACUGCAUUAUCAUCAUAUCUGGUCCAGCGCACCCAGAUGAUAGAAUAUCUCCUGUGCAAGAGGCUAUAUUUCGUGUGCAAAAUAGAAUAUCCAGGGCUAUGCUUGAUAGUAAAGAGCACAGUAUGUUAGCAAGGGUCAUUGUUUCUUCCAAACAUAUAGGUUGUCUCCUAGGGAAGGGUGGUUCCAUCAUAGCUGAAAUGAGGAAUUUAUCAGGUGCCCAUAUUCGUAUGCUGGGAAAGGAUAAGGGUCCAAAGUGUGUUUCAGAAGAUGAUGAAGUAAUUCAGGUGAGUGGAGUAAUUGAGGCAGUGCAUGAUGCUCUUUUGCAAAUAACUACGAGAUUAAGAAACAAUUUCUUUCGCGAUGCAUUUCCGUCUGCCAAUUUUCCUUCAAAUUCUGCAUUCCUUGAUCAACAUUCUCCAUUCCCACCUUAUUUGGGAAGGCGGGGACUUUCACCUCCUGGAAUGUAUUCUGACCUAGGUCCGCGACAUCCACAUGCUGAUUUUCCCCUCGAUGAUCACCCUCCUUUUAUGAAUAAUAUGUAUAGAUCAGGCAUUCCUCCUCUCAUAUCUGAAAGGAAGCCUUGGGGUCCUAAGGGGAUACUUGAAGGUGGUGGACAUAUGGGCUUGCCAGAAUUUGCAGGAGGUCCCCGAAGAAUUUCUGGAUUUGCAGGAGGGAGCCAACCGAUUAUCACAAGCACCACUGUUGAAGUUGUUGUUCCUCGAGCUCUGGUGGCUGAAAUAUACGGGGAAAAUGGUGAAUGCCUGAAACAGAUACUCCAGAUCUCUGAUGCAAAUGUUAUUAUUACUGAUCCAAUCCCUGGAGCUGUGGAAACUAAAAUUAUAAUAUCUGGAACCCCGGAGCAAACUAAUGCUGCACAAAGUCUUAUUCAGGCAUUUGUCAUGAGUGAGAGGGAGUCUGGUUGAUCUAUCCAAUUGGGUAAUACACUGAAUCAUGUUUUUUUUCUUUUCAAGUACGACAGAUGUAAUUGAGCUCUUUUUUUGGCUUAAUAUCGGUUCUUCAUGUUAUAAUCUUUAGUAGGAAUGUGGUAUAAAUUGUAAAAUACUAUCCUAUAAAAUUGUGACUGUGCACCAGCUUUCUUUGUAUGCACGUUUGACCAUUUUGAACUUCACAUCCUAUUUUGGACAUAUUUCUUUAUGCCCUUAA